AAUGUCUUGAGCUUUUCAGUCACUUUCUCUGUUCGUCUGAUGAGAGAGAGCAAACAAAAAAAAGUGCGAGAAAAAAAAAUUCGCUUGAUGGACUAAUUUCACUUGUAGAACCCUAAAUUAUACUUCGAUAUGAGUGAAACAAUGCGUGAAAUCGUUUUCGCUCUAGCAGCAGAAAAGUCUGAACAAGAAAGUGUGUUAAUUUCACUAGACAUUGAAGACGACAAGUUAUUUCUCUUACACUUCAUCAUAGGAACUUACUUCGGACCAGAUUUAAGAAACCAUCGGAAGAAAUCAGGAUUUCAGAUAAAAGCUUCGAAUCUUCCAACAAAAGAUGAGCUAACUGGCUCAUUCAUGAAACGAGCUGAGCUAGAACGUGUGUAUCACUACAUUCUCAACAAUGCAGAUCCAUCUUUAAUCGUAAAGCGGAAGAUUUUACUUCAAUAUUUUAACGGAAAACGCAGUAAUUCCGACGAGGAUUUUCCCCUGUUCAGAGAUCUGUAUCCGCAAAAACUGCACCGUGAAAGCCGCCUCGGGAAUCAGUAUAAGCUUUUCGAGAGCAUUGUGUUUAUCAAUGAUCCAGAUACUUCUUGUAUGAGAGAAGAUUGUGUUGAGCGGUUUAAGCGGCUUACGGGAAUGCAGAGCUUUACUUUGAGCCUUGUAGUCGAACCUGUUGCAGGCAAUGAGGUUGAGGAUAAGAUUGAUGAGAGCAUGGAACCGUCCAAAGAAGACUCUGGCUUGGAAGUUUCUGUUGACGACAAUGCCGGUACUUGCACUAGUGAUGAAGAAUGUGAUGUUGCUGCAAAUCCCGAUUUGGUUGUAGAUGGGGCAAUAGCUGGAGCUCAAGCUGGACAGGUGAUGGGACUGAUGGAUAUCGGUGAAUGCUCUGACGCUUAUCUCUUUCGUGUAUCGCUUCCCGGUGUGAGAAGAGAUGAAAGAGAUUUUAGCUGUCAAGUAGAAGAAAAUGGGAGGGUACUAGUUAGAGGAAUCACUACAACAGGUGAGAAAGAAGUUCAUCGUUAUACUCGAGUGUUUGAGAUGCAGACGCAGAAUCUUUGCCCACCAGGUCACUUCUCUGUCUCGUUCCACCUCCCUGGUCCUGUCCAUCCGCAUGAGUUUUCCGGCAGAUUUGGAACAGAUGGGAUUCUUGAAGGGGUCGUAAUGAAAAAGUUGAAGAAACAGAACUGCUUAAUCUAAUGUAGUUCUAGGAAUCAUCAGUUUUUUUUUUUUUGGUUUUGGCUGACUUAGUUAUGGACUGGUUGCUUGUGUAUGUUCAGUUCUCGGUGUUUUAGUUUAUGUAA